UAGCUGCUGCACUAUUUAGGGUAAAGGUCGCUGUGUUGUCAGGGUUUUAUAUUCUGCACGGACUACUAUUCAUCAGUGCAGAAAGAACAUAUCGGCCAAAGACUUUUAUCCUGACACUGGUGGUUUGUUGAUUCUGCAUCAUGGCUCUUCUCAGAGGUGUAUUUGUUGUAGCUGCCAAGCGCACUCCGUUUGGUACCUAUGGUGGCGUGCUAAAGGAUCACAGUGCAACAGACUUAGCUGAGCAUGCAGCCAAAGCCGCCCUCGCUGCAGGAGGCGUGGCACCAGAAUUAGUAAACAGUGUCAUCAUGGGAAAUGUCAUGCAGAGCUCAGCUGAUGCAGCCUACAUUGCUCGUCAUGUGGGUCUGAGGUGUGGUGUACCCAUCCCAGUGCCUGCUCUCACUGUGAAUAGACUGUGUGGAUCUGGUUUCCAGUCCAUCAUCAAUGGCGCUCAAGAGAUUUGCCUCAGGGAGUCAGAGGUGGUCCUGUGCGGAGGCUCAGAGAGUAUGAGUCAGGCCCCGUACGCUGUUCGCAACAUACGAUUUGGUACAAGGUUUGGAGUCGAUCUCAAGCUAGAGGACACGUUGUGGGCGGGUCUGACUGACCUUCACGUCAAAAUCCCAAUGGGCAUCACAGCAGAAAACCUGGCAGAGAAAUACCAGAUCACACGAGAAGAAGUGGAUAACUAUGCUUACCAGACGCAGCAAAAGUGGAAAGCAGCUCAUGAGGCUGGUUACUACACAGCAGAAAUUGCUCCCAUUGAUGUGAAAGCUAGGAAAGGCAAGGUGUCCAUGGCUCAGGAUGAACACCCUCGUCCACAGACUACACUAGAACAGAUGGCCAAACUAGCUCCUGUCUUCAAGAAGGGAGGGACUGUUACUGCUGCCAAUGCUUCGGGUGUAUCUGAUGGCGCUGCUGCUGUAGUGAUUGCAAGUGAAGAUGCGCUGAAUGAACACAAGCUCACUCCACUGGCCAGAAUUGUGGCCUAUCAUGUGUCGGGCUGUGACCCGAGCAUUAUGGGAAUUGGUCCUGUUCCAGCAAUCACAGAAGCUCUUAAAAAAGCCGGUCUGACUCUCAACGACAUGGAUCUUGUGGAGGUGAACGAAGCUUUUGCCGCUCAAUAUUUGGCUGUUGCUAAGGCUCUUGGACUGGAUCCAGCGAAAACAAACGUUAACAGUGGAGCUAUUGCCAUCGGACAUCCUCUCGGUGCUUCUGGAGGACGUAUUACUGCCCAUCUGGUUCAUGAGCUCAGGCGACGAGGAGGCAAGUACGCCGUUGGCUCUGCCUGCAUCGGUGGUGGUCAGGGCAUCGCCAUCAUCCUCGAAAAGUACUGACCGACUAAGCUGCCAAUAUCAGAGGAUUUCCUGUGGAAGAAUGUCUUGCACCACCGUCCACUCGCAUAAAAUAAAACAAGUGGUAAAAAAAAGAGAUGAACCCUAACCUCCACAUACUGUAAAAAUUGCAAAUGUUUUUUUAAUAUUUCCCCUGGCACACAAAGAGAACUCAAGAUUAUUGUUGUGCUGCUUAGUCUUGUUACUCCUUUGAGAGGCUAUUUAUACUAACAUAUUCUAAUGAAUGUUUCAGUCUAGUGUUGCCUUGGGAGACCUGUGAAGAUAACUCAUGUUUCUGUGGUUGUUGCUCCAGAGUGCAAUAGACAGUUUGUAUAUGUGCCUGGGUCACAGAGCUUGGUCACAUGUGCAGCAUAUUAUUGACUCCAUAAAGUACAGUUUGUGUUGGGUUAUAGUAAGGUUUAAAAGCAACCUGGACUGUGAUGCCUUAAAAUGUUCUCUGUCACUCCAUUAUCAUGGAUCUGUAAUUCCAGAAAAUAUGUCUGACCUGUGAUUGCUCCAGCACAAACUGAUUUUGUAUUUGUGUCAGAAUCUCAAUAAAUAACAUUUUCAAAAUAAC